UUCAGCCGAUUGGAAUACGUAAAUAGCAGCGAAACUGUAGCGAACUUUUUCCUUGUAUUUUUUGUAUUUAUUGAACAUUAAUUAAACAAUUUCAUGGCGAUGAACACUUCUUCAGGUGCAAAUAAUAACGCAUCGAGCCAGCAGCCACGCAAGAUAUCGAAUCAAAAUAUUCAAGUUUAUGUGCGCGUUAGGCCUUUAAAUGCACGAGAACGAUGUAUACGGUCCGCGGAAGUAAUUGAAACGGUUUCACAUCGUGAAAUCGUAACAAGGCAUACAAUUGAAUCAAAGCUGACCAAAAAAUUUACAUUUGAUCGCGUAUUUGGUACGGAUUCACGCCAAGCAGAUGUCUACAGCACAGUUGUGGCGCCUCUCAUUGAGGAGGUACUGUCCGGCUACAACUGUACUGUAUUUGCUUAUGGACAAACUGGUACGGGAAAAACGCACACAAUGGUGGGCACUGAAUGCGCCGAGUUGAAAUCGUCUUGGGAAGACGAUUCUGACAUUGGUAUUAUACCACGCGCUCUGAGUCACCUAUUCGACGAAUUACGUAUGUUGGAGAUGGAAUUUUCGAUGCGUAUUUCUUAUUUGGAAUUAUAUAAUGAGGAAUUAUGCGAUUUGCUAUCAUCAGAUGAUAGUGUAAAAAUACGUAUCUUUGACGAUAGCACAAAGAAGGGCUCAGUUAUCAUACAAGGCUUGGAAGAGAUACCAGUGCAUAGCAAAGAUGAUGUAUAUAAGCUUUUGGAAAAGGGUAAAGAACGGCGAAAGACGGCUACCACCUUAAUGAAUGCGCAAUCGUCACGAUCGCACACAGUAUUCUCGAUUCUGGUACAUAUACGUGAGAAUGGCAUAGACGGCGAGGAAAUGUUGAAAAUCGGCAAAUUAAACUUAGUAGAUCUAGCGGGUAGUGAAAACGUGACCAAGGCGGGUAAUGAGAAAGGCAUACGUGCUAGGGAAACCGUUAAUAUAAAUCAAAGUCUGUUGACUUUGGGUCGUGUCAUCACCGCUCUAGUAGAACGCACACCGCACAUACCAUACCGAGAGUCCAAACUAACUCGUUUGCUGCAAGAAUCGUUAGGUGGUCGCACGAAAACAUCCAUAAUUGCCACAAUCUCACCUGGCCAUAAAGAUAUUGAGGAGACAUUGAGCACAUUGGAAUACGCACAUCGCGCUAAAAACAUACAAAAUAAACCAGAAGUAAACCAAAAACUAACAAAGAAAACUGUGCUCAAAGAGUACACCGAGGAGAUUGAUAAGCUGAAACGGGAUUUAAUUGCGGCAAGAGACAAAAAUGGCAUUUACUUAGCAGAGGACACAUACAACGAAAUGACAUUGAAAAUGGAUUCACAGAAUCGGGAAUUAAAUGAGAAAAUGUUGCUUUUAAAAGCAUUAAAGGAUGAGCUACAAAAUAAAGAACGUAUAUUUACCGAGGUUAGCUUAAAUUUGGUGGAGAAAACGGAAGAGUUGAAGCGCGCGGAACAAAAUCUCAAUCAGACACAAGGCGCAUUGCAGCUGACCAAACGGAUACUCAAUAACACUAAACGACGUUAUAAAGAGAAAAAGGUUUUGCUGCAAUCACACAUGAAAACCGAAGAGGUGCUAACGAAUCAGGCAUUGGAAAUUUUAGAUGUUGCCGACAUUGCCACAAAAGACACACAUCAAUUGCAUAGUACAAUUGAGCGCAGAAAAGAUGUUGAUGUGAAAAUUCAAACUGCUUGUGAACGUUUCGCCGAACGUAUGCAUGACAACUUCGAAUUAAUGGACAGUAGUUUAAGCACUUUGAAAGAGAAACAAGAUUCAUGCACUAAAAUGCUUCUAGAAGAAUUUGCUAACACCUCAAAUGCUCACAAGAAGCUGAUAAAUGAUAGCGGCAUGAAAAUACAGAAAGUCAACGAUUUAUGCAAAGAAUCACUUGCAUCAACCAGCAACAUCAUUGAAAAAUACUCACAAACGCUUGGCGAUGCCAGCAGCGAACAAAAAAUUAAACUUACCAAUCUGUUUAAAGAGCUGGAGAGUAAACAAAUCGAAAUGAUUGCACAAAUGCAAGAGAAACUACAAGAUUUAGUGCGGUACACAGAGCAACAAAAGGCAAACACCGAAAAAAUGUGUAAAACCGUUUUAGAAAAUCUGCAAGAAAAAUCGCAAAAUCUACAUGUGCAUACCAAAAAAAUAACGGAACGCAUUGCUGAAAAUAAACAGAUCUCCGAGAUAAGCAUACAACAUUUGGCACUAAUGCAUGUAGAAAUAGAAAAUGAGCGCACAGCGGCUGCCGAAGAACAGACAAUUAUGGAAGAAAUCAUCGAAAAAUUGAACACCUUGAAAGAGAAAUCCUACACGAGUCGCAGGACACGCGCUGACGCCAUUAACAAGCUAACGAUAAAAUUGGAAGAUAACACGCUUUCAACCAUCGAGCGCUUACAACAGAGCUCGACAUUUGCGCAAGCCUAUUGCGACGAGAGUUGCAAUGAGAACGUGGCAGCGCAGCAACAGUUUGAAAAGCAAACCGCCGAAGCCCUGAAAUGCCACGAACAACAAUCAAAUGCAGAGUCAACGCUCAAGGAGCAGCUCUGUAGCAUCCAACAAGAUGGGUGCGUGCGCGUCGCUGAGUUCACCACUACGGCCGCCACACAUAUGGAGUGCACACAGAAAACGCUGGGAACAUAUGUCGACGAAGUGAAGCGCGCACGAUUGGAGGGCGAGUCGAAACUUGACGAAGCUACUAAUGAUGUAAAGGCGAGUCUUACGGAAGAUGCCCAACGUUUCAAGCAACAUGUGGCCAUUACGUCUGGCUUGAUCAACGCCUCGCAGCAAAAUAUACUGAAUUAUGCUAACACUUACAAAGAGCAGAUUGGCACUUGCGUCAGCGAUGUGGACAAAUUUAAACAAAGUGAGCUUAAGACGUACGCGCCAACAGGUGCUACACCAUCAAAGCGCAAUUACGUUUAUCCUCGUUCAUUGGCGUCCACAUCGCCACACAUAGACAUUGUGAAACGGUUUCGUCAAGAGAACGAGUGGUCCGAUUUGGACACAACAGCGCCUAUUGAUGAGGGCAGCGAGGAUGAGCAUGAGUUGAAAAAUUCUGUGCAGGAAAUAUCUCAAGCGGAAAUGCUACUCAACUCAACACCAAUUGAUCUAACAAAUGUAGUCACGCCGCAAGCAAAUAAUGCCACAAACAAAAAAUUAAAUGCCAUCUUAUCGCAAAAGCAGUUACGCAACAGCAACUCACUGUCUAGCGGCAGUUCGCCACGCAAAGCGUCCCCAGCACACAACUCAUCAGCACCAACUUCAAGAGCUAACAAGGAGAACUUGUCCUAAAAACUAUUUGCAACGCUUCUAUUGUAUUACCGUUCUUGCUAUUUACAUUAUUUAACUGUAUAUUUAAACCAAAUGCUUGUACUUCACGCUGAAGGUAUGCAUAACUGCAGUUUGCGCUACUUAAUUAUGAAUAACGGCAUGCCUAACAGUUACUCGAAAGCAUGCAUCUAAUUGAAAACGACAAAAGUGCGGCGCGAAUGCAUAAGUCACUGCUAUGGGAUUUCGAAAUUUAUUGAACUCGCAUGCAAUUACAACAAAAAU